GGUAAACCUUGGUCGCCAUAUCAUAAGGCUGACAGUCGACCAAUCGCAGCACGGGCCGUUGCACAGCAGCUGGGGAAGGCGCGACGGGCAACAGCUAAUUUCGAUUUCUUUCCACACGCCACGCCGCAAACACUGAAACACAUCAAUCCCGAGUUAUUAGGGCAGAGACCUUGCCUGCACCGAAACAUACCACGCGAAUCGUACUCAGCCACACAUCUACGAGCCUCCGAGCCCCGGAAUGGCGACCCAGACGCUGCACGGCUCCUGCGCGUGCGGACGCAACCGCUAUGUCAUUGAGAUGCCGACACAGCAGAUUCGCCAGGCCGAGUUACGAUACGACAAUACCUCUGCGUCGCGACACCACUCAGCGAACCCCCUCACACUCUGGCUCCGCGUCCCUCUGCCAUGGUACACCUCGGCGACGUUUGCGCAAUACCCCGACGAGACGCGCCUGAGCAUCAAGCGCAGCUUCGUCUCCCCCUACACCUCGAAUACCCGUCGCCAGUUCUGCGGAUACUGCGGCACACAGCUCUCGUCAUGGAAUGAGCGGACGAGAGACGAGGCCGAGCACAUUUCCCUGACAGUCGGCAGCCUGCUGGACGAGGACCAGGACAUGCUGAGCGAGCUCGGCUUCCUGCCCAGCAGCAGCGAGAGCAGUGACGACGAGACAGAGACAUCCGCCGCCGGACCCUCACGCACGAACCGCUCGCGUACAGUCGUCCGCUCAGAACCACAAUCGCGGGGCGCGCCCUGGUUCGAAGAGAUUGUACGCAACACCCGCCUGGGCCGCUUCAAGCAGCAGCGCGGCGGACACUCCGAGAGCGGCGUGCACGUCGAGUGGGAAGUCACCGAGUGGACGGAAGGCGACGACAACGGCGACGAGGGCAGCGCGACGCCUAGCAAGCGGAAGAUUGGCGACGUUGACGAUGCCGAGGAUACCGAGAUGCGCAGCGCGUGAGCCUGCUACUUUCUUUCACACACGGAAUGAGUUCGGGUUGAAGAUGUCACUAGAAACAGAAUCGCUCACGCGUAAAUGAGGACGAAACGUAUGUAAUCACUGGACCUCUGGCAGAGCGAUAUGAUAUGGGAUAUGGAGUUGCAGGUGCGUUUUUUUAUUUUGUGUACAGUAUCUAAGAAAUAUAGCAUAUAGCGCAUGUCACUGCAGCU